GGACGGGACCUCUCCGGGGUGCCGGCGGUGGCCGCGGCUCUGCCGAGCUUACGGGGUGUCCCAGAGCCUGGGGUCGGGCUCCGCACCCCGCGGAACCCCCGGGAGCUGCGAUCGUUCGCCGUUCUGGUGCCAACACACGCAGAGCCCCGACGGGACUCCGCAGAGCGGCCGGAGGGGACCGGCGGCGUUUUGCGCAGAUGCCCUGUGCGCAUCCCAGGCUGUCCUCUUCCACCGUGCCUUAUACUGAUCUUACCCAGCAAGAGGGGUGUAUCCUGAGAUCUCAUUCUUGAGAUGGCAGCUAUGAGUGCCAGCAGCCCCUGUGACCCGGAGCCCGGGGACCUGAUUGAGGUCUUCCGGCCACUUUACCAGCACUGGGCGCUGUACCUGGGGGAUGGGUACGUCAUCAACGUGGUGCCCGAAGAUGAAGGGCCUACUUCCAUACUUGGCAGUGCUGCGUCAGUGUUCAGCAACAGGGCCCGGGUGAAGAUUCAGCUCCUGAAGGACGUGGUGGGAAGCAACACCUACCGUGUCAACAACAAGUACGACAAUACCUGCACUCCGCUCCCCGUGCAUGUGAUCAUCCAGCGUGCUCAGUCCUUCGUCAACAAGGAGGUGUCCUACAACGUCUUGGACAGCAACUGUGAGCACUUUGUGACCAUGCUCCGCUACGGUGAGGCGGUCUCCAACCAGGCCACCCGAGCAAUUGGUGCCAUUGGGUUUGUAACAGUUGCUGCUGGUGCCUUCUCCUUGCUGGGCCUGCUCCAUAGCAGAUCCAGAGACAGACACUACUGAUGGGCUGCCCAGACAAGCUCGGAGCAGGGCCAAGAAUCCCUGGCAAGGAGGGAUCCAGGACAGUUUGUGGACACAGCUGCCACCAAGAUUUACUAACAGCCGUGUUGCCCUUCCUGCAAGCACCACUAGCCUGUUUGCUGCACAUGCUUUUAUUUCAUUGCCUGUGAUGAUUUUUGUGGGAAUGCACACAAGCAAAUUCCUCAUCCUCACAUGCUUGGUGCUCUGCUGAAGGCUGGCACAGGCUUUCUACACACAUCUGAUUUUGACCUAAUUCUGUGGGCUCUUUCUAUGAAUAAGCGAUUUUAACCUGCUUGAAGAAACAAUUUUACUUUUUAAAAAUUAAAAAGUAUUGCUGAAGGUU